UUUUUGUAGUAGUGAUAAUUCCUAUCGCUUUCGAUUGUGAUUGUGAUUCUUUUGCUGCGUGCAAGCGAAAGCAAGUUCUGAAUUUGAGUAUGACUACUAUAUGCCUAGCUAAGGAGUAUGGAGGAGAGUUGCAAGAGCCUACAACUCUUUCCCUUUCCAUGGUAACACCACCUAAACACCAACUAGCGCCCUAGGACCUCUCUAUUUGCGUUAAGAGUUGACGCUCUGAAACCAAUUGAAAUUGGUACUUAGAUGGAAGGGGUAAAUUUAAAGCUUACUCAAACAGAUUGAUAACAACAAUAAUCAAAUAAUCCUAGAGACAAUAUAACUAGUCAACAACUAGUCAUAGACCUAUGAACAAGUAAGCAAAACACAUAAGUAACCCAGAUCAACAAUCAGCACCUGCAAAAUUGUAAAGUGUGUGAAUGAAUGGUCUGUUGAAGCUUGGGAAAUAUGAAGCAAAAUCUGUCUGUAUUGGAAUGAAAGAGUUGGGUUUGGCUCCUAACUGUGCCACAUACAAUACCAUGAUUAAUGCAUUCUGCAGAGAGGGUGACACUGAAAAUGCUUUUAAACUCUGGCAUGAGAUGAAGUGUCAAGGGUUAAUUUCGAACUCAAUAACUUGUGACCUUCUGUUAAGAGGACUCUGUGAUAAAAAUGAGAUUGAAAAAGCACUAGAUGUCUUAGAUGGAAUGCUGGCUGUUGGUUUUCUCCUUACCUCAUUUACUCAUAGAAUUUUGCUUAAUGCUGCUUCAAAGAGUGGGAGAGCUGAUACAAUUUUGCAGAUGCAUCAUAAGCUUGUAAGUAUGGGGCUUAACCUCACUCGUGAUGUUUAUAACAAUCUCAUCACUAUCUUAUGCAGGCUAGGAAUGACCAGGAAAGCUACCUCAGUACUGAAAGAGAUGACUGGAGGAGGAUUUCUAGCAGAUACUGAUACUUACAAUUGCCUUAUAUGUGGAUAUUGCAUAAGCAGCCAUCUGAAAAGGGCUUUUGCUACAUACUCGCAAAUGUUGGCUGUGGGAGUUUCUCCAAGUAUUGAAACGUACAAUUUUCUCUUAGGGGGACUUUCAGGUGCUGGUCUGAUGACAAAGGCAGAAGAGUUAUUUGGUGAAUUGAAGAAUAGAGGCUUUGUUCCUAAUGCUUCUACAUAUGAUAUUUUGGUUUCUGGCCAUGGUAAGAUUGGAAAUAAAAAGGAAGCUAUAAGACUUUAUUGUGAAAUGGUAAGGACAGGUUUUGUUCCCAGAACUAGCACCUAUAAUGUUCUUAUUAGUGAUUUUGCUAAAGUGGGAAAGAUGAGCCCAGCUAGGGAGCUUAUGAAUGAGAUGCAGACAAGAGGGACCUCUCCUAACUCUUCAACUUACAACAUACUAAUCUGUGGCUGGUGUAAGCUAUCAGAGCAUCCAGAGCUGGAGAGGAAUUUGAAAAGGUCAUAUCGGGAUGAGGCAAAAAGAUUAUUAACUGAUAUGAAUGAGAAAGGGUAUGUUCCAUGUGAAAGUACCCUUUGAUGCAUCAGUUCUACCUUUGCUAGACCAGGAAAGAAGGCUGAUGCUCGGAGGCUAUUGAAGGAACUGUACAUAAAAAAGAACAUAUGAUAGAUGGGCUGAACGAAGAAAAGAGGAAAUACCCAUCCUGGUAUAACAUGCCUUCUAAUCAAUAAUGUAAUGUGGCUA